GCGCGCCCGCCAGUUCAAACGCGCGUCUGGGUCCAGCCCCAGCCGGGCCUCCGGCUCCCGCCUCUCAGACACCGGCGGCGCGGGGGGCGGUGAACCUGCUGCCUCGGUUACGGCGGAGCAACACAGACGCCUCGGGUUACCGGCUGUCCCGCCAGGCCUGGGGCCGGCGGCCAUGGAGCACUCCCUGCACCGCGUCUCCCUGGGGAGCCGGCGCGCGCAGCCCGGCUUGUCUUUCUACCUCUGCACCUUUGGUCAGCUGAAGCUGUCCAUCGAUGCCCAGGACCGGGUUCUGCUGCUCCACAUCAUGGAAGGCAAAGGUCUGAUGAGCAAAGCGCCUGGCAUCUGUGAUCCCUACGUGAAGAUUUCUUUGAUCCCCGAAGAGCAGGGGCUGUGCUGCCAGAAGACACAGACCGUUCCGGACUGCAGAGACCCCGUCUUCCACGAGCACUUCUUCUUUCCUGUCCGGGAGGAAGACGAACAGAAGCGCCUCCUGGUCGCGGUGUGGAACAGAGCAGGUGACUCCAGACAGAGUGGACUCAUCGGCUGCAUGAGCUUCGGGGUGAGGUCUCUCCUGACGCCAGACAAGGAGAUCAGUGGCUGGUACUACCUUCUGGGGGAGGACCUGGGCUGGACCAAGCACCUGAAGGUGGCUAGGCGGCGACUGCGACCCCUGAGAGACCCGCUGCUGAGAAUGCCAGGAGGUGGGGACACGGAGAAUGGGGAAGAACUUAAGAUCACCAUCCCGAGGGGGAAGGAUGGCUUCGGCUUCACCAUCUGCUGUGACUCUCCGGUCCGCGUCCAGGCGGUGGAUUCGGGGGGCCCGGCAGACAGGGCAGGGCUGCAGCAGCUGGACACCGUGCUACAGCUGAACGAGAGGCCGGUGGAGCACUGGAAAUGCGUGGAGCUGGCCCACGAGAUCCGGAGCUGCCCCAGUGAGAUCAUCCUGCUUGUGUGGCGCCUGGUCCCCCAAGUCAAGCCAGGCCCGGAUGGCGGGGUCCUGCGGCGGGCGUCCUGCAAGUCAGCCCAUGACCUCCAGUUGCCCCCCAACAAGCGGGAGAAGAACUGCGCCCACGGGGCCCAGGCGCGGCCUGAGCAGCGCCACAGCUGCCACCUGGUAUGUGACAGCUCCGAUGGGCUGCUGCUCGGAGGCUGGGAGCGCUACACCGAGGUGGCCAAGCGCGGGGGCCAGCAUACCCUGCCGGCGCUGUCCCGUGCCACUGCCCCCACCGACCCCAACUACAUCAUCCUGGCCCCGCUGAACCCUGGGAGCCAGCUGCUGCGGCCUGUGUACCAGGAGGAUGCCAUCCCCGAAGAAUCGGGGAGUCCCAGUAAAGGGAAGUCCUAUACGGGCCUGGGGAAGAAGUCUCGGCUGAUGAAGACGGUGCAGACCAUGAAGGGCCACGGGAACUACCAGAACUGCUCAGUCAUGAGGCCACACACCCCACACUCAAGCUAUGGCACCUACGUCACUCUGGCUCCCAAGGUCCUGGUGUUCCCCAUCUUUGUUCAGCCUUUAGAUCUCUGUAACCCUGCCCGGACCCUCCUGUUGUCAGAGGAGCUGCUGCUGUACGAGGGGAGGAACAAGGCUGCCGAGGUGACCCUGUUUGCCUAUUCGGACCUGCUGCUCUUCACCAAGGAGGACGAGCCGGGCCGCUGCAACGUCCUGAGGAACCCCCUCUACCUCCAGAGCGUAAAGCUGCAGGAAGGUCCCUCGGAAGACCUGAAAUUCUGCGUGCUGUAUCUGGCAGAGAAGGCAGAGUGCUUAUUCACUUUGGAGGCGCACUCGCAGGAGCAGAAGAAGAGAGUGUGCUGGUGCCUGUCAGAGAACAUCGCGAAGCAGCAACAGCUGGCGGCCUCGCCCCCACAGAGCAAGAAACUCCACCCUUACGGCUCCCUCCAGCAGGAGAUGGGGCUGGCCAACUCAACCAAUGCCACCCAGGAUAGAAGCUUUACCUCAUCAGGACAGACUCUGAUUGGCUGAGCAAACCCAAAGGCCGGACUCUGCUUCUGGCAACUUAACCCUUUCUUGGGCCUCCCCUACCACACAGUAACCUCACCUCUACUGGACCCAAAACUGAGGACCAAGAUGGUGGGCCUAGGGUCAUCUGAAGGGAGCAGCCCCACAGGUGUGUGUGGACUGGCAUCAGAAGGACUGCAGUGGUGUGAGAGGCCCUCAGGGCACCUGCAGACUGGCAUCAGAAAGUCCUAAAGGAGAAGACUCAGAAACUUAUUUCCUACAAGGAAGAAGGAGGUGAAAUAGCAUCUGGGCUACUGGUGGUUCCAGCGCCUGCCUUGGGGGCAGCAGGAGAGCUUGGGAGGUCAGCCCCAGUGGAGAACAAUGCCAUGACCCUCCACUGCCAGAAGACCUCGUCACCCAUUCAUUCAUCUGUACUCACUCAUGCAUUCCUUCAUUCAGCAGAUAUUUUGGGGGCCAUCUACUUUAUACCAGGCUCUGUGCUAGGACCUGGGGAUACUGUGGAGAAUGAGAUGGACAUGGUCUCUGCUCUUAUCAAGAUUUCAGUCCUAGUAGGGGAGUCACAUUAAAUAAAUGAACAUCAGCGCGCGCGCGUGCACACACACACACACACACACACACACACACUCAUGUGAUUACAAACUGUGAUAAUCUAGGAAGUAAAAGAACAGAUUCCUGUAAGAGAGAAUAUUAUUUAGAUUGUGUGUGUGUGUGUGUGUGUGUGUGUGUGUGUGUAGUGUGUGGCUGGGGAGACCAUAACUCUUAAGCUGGGACCUGCAGGCCAGAAAAUGGACUUAGCCACUCAAGGACUUUGGAAAGAGUGCCCCAGGCAUAUGGGACAGGCUGGGUAGAGGACCUGAGGUGGGAAGCUUGGCCUUCAGGAGGAAUGGGGCCAGGCCCCUGUAGCUGGAGCUCAGUGAAGAGGCAGAUAAGGCGGUUGCGGGCCAUAUCGCACAGGACUGUGGUUGUUAAUAUUUUAUUCUUAUUUUUUUGUUAUAGAUACAGUGGGCACUGAAGGCUUUGGAGAAAGAGGGUCAUAGAGUUUCAGGCACAUUUCUAGAAGAUCAGUCUCAGGAGGGGCCCAACUGGCUCUGAGGAGAUCAGUUAGGGGUCCCCUUAGACCUCCAGGUUAAGGGUGGUGGGGGCCUGUCCUCGAUGGUGGCUGGGGAGGUGGGGAUGUGCUAGAGGCUCUGGAAUGAGUAGAGAGAAUUUCCGAUUUCUUCGCCCCUCCCCACUCCUCCACCGUGCCUUGCUCCCUCAGUGGAUGCAAGAGAAGAUUGGGCCUUCCUCCCAGACCCCCUCCGGGCCAGGCCUGGGUAGGGGCCAGUGCUGAGUUCUGGGAAUGUCUCUGGGAGUUGGAAGCAGUAGGCUUUUGAGAAAGAGAGUCGAAAGGUGGGAAGUUCACAGCCCCCAGGGCUUACCUGUGCUGUCCCUCCAUCCUAUGAUGAACGGCCUGAUUGGAAGCUGGAACACAAACCUCUGGAAAUGGAUUUGGUUUGUUUUCUGCAGAGCUCCGAAGGUCAGGGCCCAGGGCGAGGUGUGGCUCAGCAUUCCACAGGCAACUGUCCUGCCUCAGGGCUAAAGAAAGGCCUAUCAAGGGGACAGUGCCUAGACUCAGCCUGCUCCCUGCCUGCUGUACCCCCCCCCCCCAUGGAGCCCAGGGUUGGGCAGCUCUCACACCCUUUCCUAACUGCCCAGACCUAGCAUGAGGACAGCCCAAGGCUGCAGGUGUGAGUGACAUAGCUUAUGCACGAGGGAGGUGUGUAGGUCAGGCUCACUUGCAUGGAAAGGGGUUAGAGAGGCUAGAAGCUCCAUACCCCGGACAGUCUGUGUGGUGUCCUGUAAGACCUCUUACAUGUCUUUAAAGAGGGGCCUUGUGCCCUGGUGAAUUUGCUCCACUGCGGUAGCCACUGGAACCCCUAAAAGCGUGGCCCAGAUGAGAAUUCUUCCCUUACCUCUCACCCCCAUCCCCCCAGUCUAGGAAAGAUGGGGCAUGUGGCCUCAGCAGUCUAACAGGGGAUGGCAUGUAUCUGCUCAUGACCAAGCCAGUCCCCCGCCCAGCAGGGAAUAGACCGGGGCUGAAGUGGGACAAGGGAUGCACUGUCUGUCAGCCAGGACUCAGCCGCGGGGUUAAUUCUGAGAGGCUGCGCAGCUGGGUCUGCACAGACAGUUCUGCAGCUGCACUUUGAUUUCAUUUGAUUCCCUUACAAAAUGACAUUAAGGGGAAUGUAGGGCGCAGGAGAUUCGCCUGUCUGGGAAGAGAGCAAGCUUGUCUCUCUGGGACCUGGGACCUCCCUCUGUCCACCAGACAGGUGCAGAGGACAGGAGUUCUGGGCACAGGGAAACGGAGGAUCCGAAUGCAGCACCCAGCCCUGGGACACGGCUUCCUCCCCAGCUCGUCUCAGUAAGCUGCUGAGUUGGGUGGAUGCUCACAUCAGGGUCCUUGGCCCCGCCAGCUGUUGGGGAAGCAGACAUCAGCUCCUGAAGGACCCCGUCUUUCCAGGGACUGUGGUCAGUGUGCCAUGGCUGCUCUGCCUCCCAAAUCGAGGAUAUCAUUCAUUUGACUCCAGGAGAUUGAGAAGAUGCAAUUUGACCGGUGGCCACCGCUCUUCAGCACCCCCAUCCACCCCAGCCAUCCGGGAAGACGAACAAGCUAUCAAAAUUGCAUUUGAGAGUCAUAAUCACGGGAAACACAGCCGAGCCCCUCCCUCCACAUAAAUCACCCUAAGAAGCCCACACAAUGCUCUCUUUCCUGAUGGGCCAAUUGUCUUGGUUUGGUGUCUCAGGGCCUAGGAGCUGGGAGGAGCGGAGCACAAGCAUUUAUUGUUGAAAAGGCCAUCUGUGUGAUUUGAAUACAAAGUGAUCCUUGUAGUUCCCGGUAUACCCUCUGUACCCUCUGAUCCCGUUUUCAUGUGUCUCGGGCUCUGGAUUUUUUGAAACUCUCCUCUCUUCUGUACUCAGUCACGCCCGGGACUCUGCUGGCCCUGGGUCUUUUGGCCCUUUGGGAGUUGGGACCUGUUGGAAAUAAUGAGGACAAUAAUUUAUAUCUAGUAUUUUUAUUCUUUGUUUUAACAUUUUUAAAAAUAUAUUCUGCCACCAGAGUCUUCAUUUUUCACACAUGUUACCAUGAGGGUUCUGUAAAGUGAGGUGCAGGCAGUUUCACAGUGUGGGAGGGCUCCCCACAGGGAGAGCAUGGGCUUUGGCGAUGGUAACCUGGGACCCCAGGCCUUAUCUCCACUAGGCCUCCCAGCUUUCCGAUGAAAGGGACUAGGAUUCAGAGAUGUUAAAUGAUUUAUCUAAGGUCACACAGCUGGUAAACGGCCGAGCUAGUUCUCAAGCCAAGGCCUUUGAACUUAAUCCACUGCUCUUUCCAAUGUCAAAAAAAAAAAAAUUGUCUUUUUGGGAUGAGAGUGAGAGAAAUCAGUCAUCUCCUCCAGGAAGAGGCAGGAGGGGGCUCUCCUGCAGGUAGAAGUUGUGGCCUUUUAAGCUUUUAUUUGUCCUAAGCUUUAGGACAAAUGAGUUGAAAUACGAUAUUCUCUACGCCAUGGAGAAUGAACUUCCGGAGUUCACAUUCCCGAGGGGUGGCCCAGACUGAAAGGAUCAAUAGCUUCACACAAGAUUUGAAAAGUCUGAUAUAAAAGACGUGGUGGAGCUCCUUAAGACAGGCUGGGGGUGGGGGCCUGGCCCUGGGACUAUGGGGCGACUCCCUUCCCCUUUUGAGUCUGGCAUUCAAGAGGAUCAGCAGACACAGCCCUGGGGUAUGCGGCAGCAAUGGCACGUUGGCCAAAGGCAGAAAAGGAUGGCUUCAGCUUCAGGCCGGGUGCACUGGGCAAGAGUCGGGAAGGAGGUCUUUGGCCCGAGCCCUGUCGAGGGCGGGGAGAGACUGUUCCAGGUUCCGGGCCCAGAUCUUGCUAAUUGAUUGGUUUCAAAUAAACUCUAAGUAACUGGGAACCAACUGGACAGGAUUUCAGAUAUUCCCCCAAAGAAGCAGACUCUUCCCUAAAAUGCUCAGUUGUUUUCCAGUCUCUCCAGCUCCCCUCCACCUCCUUGCUGCCUGUCUGCCUGUGGGUAGACUGCCUUCUUUGAGUCUUACCCUUGGACUCAGCCAUCUUGUCAUUCCUUUUCUAGCUCUUAACAAAGACAGCGCAACCUGACCAUCUACCUGUCUUGAGCUUAUCUCCCCUCAAGCCUUUCUCUGAAUAGGGUCAGCAUCCUCCAGAUUGUUCCCAGGCCCUAGCUGGUUUGGCUCAGUGGAUUGAGCGUCGGCCUGCGGACUCAAGGGUCCCAGGUUCGAUUCUGGUCAAGGGCAUGUACCUUGGUUGCGGGUGCAUCCCCAGGGAGGGGUGUGCAGGAGGCAGCUGAUGGAUGUUUCUCUCUCAUCUUGAUGUUUCUAACUCUCUAUCCCUCUCCCUUCCUCUCUGUAAAAAAUCAAUAAAAUAUAUUUAAAAAACAAAACAAAACAAAAAAACACAAAUUGUUCCCAGGUCUUUGGUUUAAGGGUAGAACAGUAACACUAGGUAAUUUGGUGAGCAUGUAUACUGGGAAUCUGGCCCAGUGCCAAGCUUUCGACCUACAUUUGUCUCUUCAAUCCUCAUUUCAGCCUCAUGGGGUUCAUUGCCCUUGUUACACCUUUACCUCAUCAUACCAGUUGAUAUAUGAAGGCGCUAUCUUAGAGAAGUUAAGAACCUUGCCCAAGGUCACACAGCCAGUGGGCUGCUGGGAUUGGAACUUGGGUGGCCCAACUCCAGAACACCUAUUUUUGAUUGCUCUGUUUGUACUGCUUUCCAGCAAUCAUGCACCACCCAAGGUGAAAGUGAAGGGGUGGCUGAGCAGCCACAGUCCUGCUUCAAGGCCAGUGUGGGAGGCCCUUGCCUUCAGAAUCACGCUCGGGCCUCAGCUGGGUUCUCGGGGUUCUCCCUGGCUGUACUGUGCUCCUUGCUUUGUGCUCGCACCCUGGCCACACUGGACUCUUUCCCCUUCUCCAAGUCCCCCAGGCACACUCGUGCUUAGACUGCGUAUUCUGUCUGAUGUUGCCUGCCUGCCUUGUUGUCUCUGAUGGAUGCAAUUCCCGACCUUCAAGGCUUGGCACCUCCCUGAGACACCUUCCUCAGACUUGCAUCACAGGUCAUGGCUUCUUCCCCUUCUGCGUUUCCACAGUAUUUGGUUCAUUCUCAGCACUGUGUGUGUGGUAGGCAGAUGUGCCUCACCUGCGAGGCUGUGGGCUCUUUGGAAGCCAGUGGAGGCUAUAUCUUAUUUAUUUUUCUGUUACUGCCUGGCCCUUAGUCAAUGUUGUAGAAUUAAAUUGGGUCACACAAUUCAAACCUCUCAUGUUCUAGAAUCUGGAUGAGGAAACAGAGGCUCACAAACAGGAAGUGGCCUGGCCACGGUCAUGGGACAAGUUAGUGGCAGAGCUAGGACUAGAACUCAGGUGUCCCGACUCUCUAGGCUCCGAGAUUUUUUCUGUUGCACCUCCGCUUUGAAAGACCAGAGCCUGGGUUCCCACUUGGUUUAUUAAGCAACCUGUCCAGGUUCACUUCCGGCUCAUGGAUUCCAUCUUAUUCCAUGCUGACUCCUGCAUGUCCUCAGAGAGAAAGAAGCCCUGAUCAGAACUGUUCCUGUGGUUCUCUUCCCCUCUCGCCGAGCCCGUUGCCCUCAGAGUAAACUAGCUUAGGAUUUUGAAGAUCUUGGUUCAAAUCCUGAUUUUCUGGUAACUCACUGUGUGACUUGGGGCAAAUUUCUUCACCUCUCUUCAACACAAAACCACAAUUGGGGAUACAGUAUUUAUUUUAUGAGUGAUUAGAAAUUUGACAGAACCAUACAAUCUUUGAAUGUGGAACUGAAAAGCUACCCCCACGGAGAUCAAUUGAUUAACAAGCUGAUUUGUAGAAACUAAGACUAAGAGAGGCAAGAACUUGGCCAAGGGCAUACGGUUGGUGCCAGAGCUGGAACUAGGACCCAACCCCCUACCUUCUAGGCCAGUGCUCCUCGUUAGUGAUUUUUGAAGUUUGCCAGGUUGGGAGGAGGGCGGGACUCGGAUUGUCUUAGAGAUGCUCUCGUCAGCUCUCUCUCCGCUGUGUUGUCAUUAGGAAAAGUAAGUCACCCUUUUGGGCUGAAAAGGAAAUAGUGAGAGAUGGCCCGGCUAAACGCGUGGGCAGCGGCUGUCUAGGAGGCUGACUUGUCUCUAAAUUCCUGGCGUGCUCUUGCUGGAGUGGAAUGAAUGAGGCUGCUGUGUUUCACCUGGAGGUUGGAGCCGGGCAGGACUGGCGGAGAAGCUCCCCGUGGUCUGCUCUAAAAAUAGCAAUGGGAUCAGAGCUGAGGGGAAGAGGAGGGGGCUCCUUCGGGAGCUGGGUGGGACCUCACCCCCUUCCUCUUCCUGCCAGGCCCUUUGUGAGGAAGCGCGGGUAGAGUCAGAGGAUUUAGAUGUGGGAGGGUCCCGGAGCAUCAGCCCUCACACAGAAGGGGAGGCUCUGGAGGCCCGGAGAGGGGAAAGGACUGGCCAGCAGCCACCGAGUCCCGGGAGAAGGUCCCAGAGGCAGGCUGUCUUCCUCCUGCUGUUUCAGCAGGGCGGCUCCAGGCCCUGUGAGGUUUUCUCUCGCUGCCUCUGGGCGAGCACAGGGCCUGGGAAUUCCUGGGGCCGGAUGUGGUUGGGUUUCCUGAGAGUCGCCCAGCAGGCGAGGAGUCCCCUCUAGUCUGCCCGGAGCCCUGACCUCAGCCAGCUGGCCUUCCAGCGCCACGCCUUCCCUUUACGGGUGUCCCUAUCCUUGCUGAUUUGUCCUUCUGUCGCCCCCUGGACUGUCUGCAGGGAGAGGGUACAAGGCGGGGGCAUAAAACUGGUCCGCGGGACAGAGGGUCUAGUGGUCUGGGACCUCUUUUCUGCCCUGCCCCAGGAACAAGCAGAGGCAGCGAAGGGUUUAGAGGCAGGGGGGCCUGGGUUUAGAAGCAGGCAGGCCAGGGUUCAAAUGCCAGCUGGGCCUCUCACCAGCUGUGGAAUCACUGGUGGGUCACCUAGCAUCCGUCAAAUGAGACGAGGGCAUCUAUCUCACUGGUUUCUUGUGAGGGUUCAAGGGCUGGGUGUGCAAGUGCCUGGCAUGUAGAAGGUACUCGGUAAAGGUGGCUGUCAUCACUAGGUCAAGCAUGAACAUGAGCUCAACUCUCUGCAGCCCCUUCCUUGCGGCCUCCCCCAGGGGGCAUGCAGGUGUUUGCUUUUAACGCAGUUGACUUUUUUGUUGUGUUGUUGCAAAAGUUACUCACGUUCAUCACGAAGAAAACAUUUAAUACAGAUGAACCAGUAGAAGGAAAUGAAGUUCACCCUUAAUCCCAACACCCAGAGAUAGCCACUGUUAACAUUUUUGGGUAUAUCCUGUCAGGCAAUUGUUUAUACACACACAUAUCUGAUUUGCAAAUUGUAGUUACUAGUGCACACAAUUUUUAAACUUGUUUUUUUCCCAUUUAACAAUGUAGUGUACCCAUGUUUCCAUGUCAAUAAAUGUUCCUCUACAGCAUCAUUUUUAGUGCCUGCGGAAUAUUUCAUUAUGGAGAUCAGGGGUGGGGAUCCAUUUUUCUGCCAAGGGUCAUUUGGAUAUUUAUAGCAUCAUUCUCCGGCCAUACAAAAUUAUCAACUUAAAAAUAAGCUUGCUAUAUUUGGUCAAAAAAUUUAAUUAACACACCUCUAAUGCCUUGGCAGGGCCAGAUGAAAUGAUUUCCUGGGCCUUAUACGUUCCCCACCCCUGGUAUAGAUGAAACAGGCUUUAUUUAAAAGUUUCCAGAAGUUUAACAUUUAGGUUGUUUCCAUUUUUCCAAAAACUUGAUAUUUAACAAAUCCUUGUGGGUAUAUAUUGGUAUCUCCAGCAUCUAGUGCAAAUGAUUGACCCUCCACAAAUAUUUGAUGAAUGAAUGAAUAUUUUGUGGGAAUAAGUUCCUGGUAGUAGGCUUUCCAUGUCAAAGAGUGUGUAUUUGUAAAAAAGGUUCUUGAUAUCUGUUGCCAGUACUCUCCAGAUCGGUUGUGCUAUAUAACCAGUACUAUAGAUUGACUGAUUUAUCCUGCUUUGCCCAGAACUUUACCUUUUUACCAUGGAAAGUUCUGCUUCCUGGGAAACCCUUUAGUCCCCAGCAAACUAAACCAGUCUGGGUAAGAGAAUGCCCAUUUCCCCACCCCCUCACCGACACUGUGCAUUGUUACAUUUCUUCUAGUAGGCUCAUUUUUGGAUUACUAGAGAUGUUGAAUAUUUAUUUAUAUGCACUUUUGUUACUUAUGUUUUGUGAGUAGCAUGUUCAUGGUAUUUUUGUUCAUUUUUUAUUGGGUGGUGUAUAGUUUAAUCAGGAGUUCUUUUAUGUAAUAAGGACAUUUGUAUUGGUCUUUUAUUUUUUAUCACUUUUAAAAUUAAAAAUGUUUUUUAUUUAUAGGUAAUCAUAUCUCUAAAUUGCUUUGAUAGUUGCUUUAUCAAGAAAUUAUUCACAUAUACAGUUUAUCUCCUAAAAGUAUACAAUUCAGUGGGUUUUCAGUACCAUCACCACAAUCAAUUUUACAAUAUUUUCAGUAUCUCCCAAAGAAACCAUACCCUUUAGCGAUCAACCUUUAUCUAGAGAAAUAGAAACAUCAGUCAUGAGAGAGUAUCACCAAUUCUCUCAUCUCCUCCAGCCAUAAACAACCACUAAUCCAUUCCUGUCUUUAUUGACUUGGACAUUUCAUGUAAAUAGAAUCAUAGUGUUUGGUCUUUUGUGACUGGCUUCUUUCAUUUCACAUAAUGUUUUCAAGGUUCAUCCAUGUUGUAGCAUGUGUGUCAUUCCUUUUUAUGGCUGAAUAUUAUCCCUUUAUGUGGAUCUACCACAUUUUGUUUAUCCAUUUAUCGCUUGAUGAGCAUCUGGGUUGCUUCCACCUUUUGGCUAUUAUGAACGAUGCUGCUAUAAUCGUUUGUGUGACAGUUUUAGUGUGGACUUGUGUUUCCAUUUCUCUUGGAUAUAUACGUAGGAGUGGAAUUUCUGGGUCCAAUGAUAACUCUAUGUUUACCUUUUUGAGGAACUGCUAGACUGUUUUCUAAAGUGGCUGCAUGAUUUUAUAUUCCCACCAUCAGUCUAUGAGGAUCCCGAUUUCUCCACAUUCUAACACUUACUAUUUUCCCAUUUCUUAAAUUAGACCCAUCCUACUGGGUGUGACGUAGUAUCUCAUUGUAGUUGUGAAUUACAUUUUCUGAUGACUCAUAUCAUAUCUGUUCAUUAUAAAAAAUAUUUUUUCCUUUGGUCUUGUGGUAGUCACCCAAGGUUUAUAUAAUAAUCAUUGCACCUCCCUUGAACUUAAUGGCUUUAUUUUUCAACUUUUUUUUUUUUUUAAUUUCAGAGAGGAAGGGAGAGGGAGAGAGAAAUAGAAACAUCAAUGAUGAGAGAGUAUCAUUGAUGGCUGACUCCUGCAUGCCCCCAACUGGGGAUUGAGCCCGCAACCCAGGCAUGUGCCCCAACCUGGAAUCAAACCACGACCUCCUGGUUCAUAGGUCAAUGCUCAACCACUGAGCCACGCCUGUCAGGCUGUUUUUCAACUUUUAACAUUUUAGUCUAUUUGGAAUUUACUUUGAUAUAUAGUAUGAGGUAGAAUACCUUUUGUUUUUCUCAGUUAUUUGUUCCAAUGCUUUUUACAUUAUGUUUGCAUAAGUACCCUCUCAUUACUCUUUUUAAAAUUAAAAAAAAAGUUAUUCUAACAUAUUUAUCCUUUUAAGUGAAAUUUAGUAUAAUUUUAUUCAGUCCCUACUUCCUCUCUGCCCUCCCCAAAAAUCUCUUUGAGAUUUUGUUAGGCUUAUGUUAAAAAUAUAAUAUUAAAAAGGGGAGUAAUGAGGUCUAUACAAUACUGUCUUUCUAUCCAGGAAUAGGAUUAUGUCUCCUCAUUUAUUCAAAUCUUCUUUUAAGAUUUCCCAAGUGAACUUUUGAAAAGAAAUUUUUUUUUUCUUAUAGGUCUUGUACAUUUUUGUUAAGCUUAUUUGAGGAAAUUAAAAUGUUUAGAUCUAUUUACGAAUGAAAAUAUUUAUUUAGCCUUACAUAUGUUCUUUGAUAUAUACUUGUACAAAGAAUCUGAAACAUUACUAAACUGGGUAAAAUAAAUAAAGAAAAUCCCCAUUCCUCAGCUCUGCUAUAAGCUUGGUGUGGUCUCUCCAAAUAUUAUUCCAUGCACAUAUGUAUACAUAGACUAUGUUUUAUUUUACUAAAUAAUAUCAUCCUACAAAAGUUUCUGUAACUCAUUUUUUAAAACUCCAUAUAGCAUAUAAAUCUUUUACACCCAUACCUAAAGUUCUUUUUCCUUUUUCUUAGUAGCCAAUGGACCAUAAUUUAUUUAACUACU